AUGUGGUACGAUGAGGUCGCAAAAAGUUGCUCCACACAUCCGUCAGACCGCGGGAUGCAGACCUACGAGGUCUCACGCAAGACAAAAAGCUCACCAUCUCUCGAUGUGUGGGAAGCUGCCAACUCGGUCCUGCUGGCUCUACAGAAGCUGGGCUGCUGCACUUCUCACUCACAUUGCCACAACCCGCCGGAUCUGUGGCCGAAGCUAUGUGUGGCCACGCACCGCAAACUUUCAGCCGCCCCCGACUCGCGUGGAGUGACGGUGGAUGCCUUCGACAUCCUCAUCGACGUCGGAGACGCAAAGGCCCAGGAGGCGCACAUCCAGACAUCCAGGCACCUAGCACCAGCACCCAAGGCUGUCGGGUUACCCACAAUCGUUAUUGCCCCCUUUGGGACUGCGAAAGCCGCUGUGAAACAGAGAUCCAUGGUAAUCGACAAAAUCUGCCGAGAAUCAAUGCUGCCGAAGCCCCUAAGGCGCCUCGACCUGGAAUUGUCAUGGACGAAUGACGAGUUCAGGAUAAAGAAGCUUAGAGGCCAGGACAAGAAGUUGAAUAUAGACGGGCAGAGGUCGUCAAUAUCUCUGGACUUCCUCCUCAGAACGGCAAACGAAAGGUCGCUCACGAUCCAGAACAGGCGCAUCCUCGCCGUUCUUCUGGGAUAUGCAGUCCUCAACCUGCACCGCACCCAAUGGCUCCAAAACUCAUUCACCUCCUCCAAUGUGUUGCUUUUCCCCGCCCCGGACGACAGCCGGGCUAACACGGGUCUCUCUGGCGCAACAAUCGAUCCAGGCGACGCUGAGGCCGACCCAGAUGACUCCGACUUUGACCCGGAUGACUCUGAGAUCGACCCUGAUGACGUCGUGGACCAUAGCAUGCCCAUCCUCAUCACGUUCGCCGCCAUGUUGAUGGAGGUGUACUUGGGGGAGCCGUUCGAACUACUGGCCGAGAAGUACAACUUGGGAAAAGGGGAAACCUCGGAUCAUGAAUUUGUAAAAAGGCUGUUUGACAUGCUCAGGGUUGAGAAGAGGAUCCCUGAUCACGAGAGGAUUGUCGACAGCCUAGAAGCAUGCCUGAGCCUGGUGGAAUGGGUGAGCGACGACGCCCAAGAGCUACCAGACAAGACACUGAGGGACUUGCUAUACAAAAAGGUGGUUCAGCCGCUGGAAGACGACCUUUGCCGCGCGAACAACAAGAUGAGCAUUGACGACAUUGACACCUGCAAGGAAUUCAUCACCUUCAUCCCACGGCAACCCGCUCAGAUGACCCAGUACACACAGCGCAACCAAUCGUGUGACCCAAGGAGUCCCCUGGCGUCCCCAGUAGCCUCUACAGACGGACAUCCCACAAUCACAACGCCGCCGCCACGGCCGGCAGAUCGGAGUGGCUUCUCACUGGCCAUCAUCUGCGCCCUGACACGAGAGGCUGAUGCCGUCGAGCUGCUCUUUGACGAGUUCUACGACGAUCGAUACGGAAAAGCUGACAGCGACGAGUACCAGUACACUACCGGCCGCAUCGGCGUCUACUCUGUCGUCCUUGUCGUCCUCCCCCGCAUGGGCCCCGUCCCCUCGUCCCAGGUCGCCAACGGCCUCCGUGCCAGCUUCCCAAACGUCAAGCUCGCCCUAAUAGUCGGUAUCUGCGGCGGGCUGCCCAAGAUCGGCAAGGAGGAUGCCUUCCUAGGGGACGUGGUGAUAAGCACAAGCAUUUUCAGCCACGACUUUGGGCGUAUAUACAGCGGCGGCAUGGUCUCCAAGACCUCGAUAGAGGAUAGCCUGAGCCGGGCCAGCAACCACGUCCGGGGGCUUUUUACAUUUUUCAACCGCCAGCGCAUGCUCCACGAAGUUGAGGGAAGCGCAAGAAAGAAUCUUGAGCGCCUGAAGAGUAAUGCGCAGGCCUGGUACGGGUGCGGAGCCAAAUAUAAACGCCCCCGGGACGCCACCGACCGCAUCUUUGAGACCAGCUAUGAGCACCGGCACCGCGGCGACGGCGCCCUCAACCAGUGCGCCGCGUGCGCCGCCGGCCCCACCAGCUUCUGCGAGCAGGCGUCGGAGAAAACAUGCGUCGAGCUCGGCUGCGACAUCAGCCAGGAGCUGCCCAGGACGAGCCGCAUAUCCCAGCGCCCGCCCGAGCUCGUGCCCAAGAUCUUCUUUGGGAAGGUGGCGUCGGGCAACGCCGUCAUGAAGUCGGGCCAGCUCCGGGACGAGUUCGCCGACAAGCACGACGUUAUCGCCUUUGAGAUGGAGGGUGCGGGGGCGUGGGAGCAGCUCCCCUGCAUCGUUGUCAAGGGCAUCUGCGACUACGCCGACAGCCACAAGAACAAGGUGUGGCAGGACUUUGCCGCGGCCACGGCGGCGGCCGUGGCAGUUGCUAUGAUCGACAAGUAUCAACUGCCCGACAGCGCUAUGAAGAGUACGGCAGCGAAAUGGUACUGA